AUGCGCACUGGUGGGAAACCACCGAUUGCCCAAUUGCAAAGGUGGAUGGCCAAAGAGUCAGCCGAGAGGAAACAUUGGCAGGAAGAGGCAAAGAAGAAACAACAGGAAGAAGAGGCAAAGAAGAAACAACAGGCGGAAGAGGCAAAGAAGAAACAACAGGAGAACAGCUCUGCGGCUGCCUCAGGGAGUACAUCUCGCGGCCCUGCUGAAUCCACGAACGACUCUGAAUCAGAUGGUUUGGAAGAAAUAUCCAAAGCGGAAUUCAAGAAAAAGAUGGCCAACAGUUGCCCCAAGUCUCAAAAAAUGUAGUUGUUAUCUUUCUUAUUUGUCCCUGCCGCUGUGGGAUUGUGGGAUGCCUUAUGGUAUU